CCUUCAGCCACUUGGGCUCGCUCGACAUCACUCGACUCGCUCUCUUCCUCCUCGUCUCUGAGCCGCCAUGCCCAAAAUUCGGACGACCCGCACAAAAAAGCCGCCAGAAGGUUUUGAGGAAAUAGAGGCUAUCCUCGAUGACUACGCGAAGAAGAUGCGCGACGCCGAGAACGAGUCGCACGAGGGCAAGCGCAAGUCGGAGUCACUCUGGCCCAUCAUGCGCAUAUCCCACACCCGCUCGCGAUACAUCUACGAGCUCUACUACAAGCGGGAGGCUAUCAGCAGGGAGCUGUACGACUGGCUGUUGAAGGAGGGUUAUGCAGAUGCGAAUCUCAUUGCUAAGUGGAAGAAGGCUGGAUAUGAGAAGCUCUGCUGCAUACGGUGUAUUCAGACCAGAGACAUGAACUACCAGGGCUCGACGUGUAUAUGCCGAGUGCCGAAGGCACAGCUCCGACAGGGCACGGUUGUGGAGUGUGUACAUUGCGGAUGCCGAGGAUGCAGCUCCGAUUCAUAAUGCAGCCAUUACUACCUUUCUCGAAGAAUACUCACGUAGUAGGAGAGGAAGAUGUCUAACAGACGUGGUCGGUGACGUUCUUGUUAUCCUACAGCUUUGGGGCCUGGCCCGUGUACUAUUACCGUUAUUCUAUCUCCCUGACAGCUUCAGAUCCUGCGGCGA